UGCUGAGCCUCGUACAAGCCCUGACAUGCGGUGCGCCCUUGUAGUUCACCAAAAACCGGAGUCAGCAUCUCUGCGUCCGUUGCGCGCAGCUGGAGGGACAGUCCGCAGCGGCGCGGGGCCGAGCAGCCGGCGGCACAGGCCAUCCACAGGUUGAAGCUGCCCACUCUGAAAGAUGAAACACACUGUGUGUGUCUGUGUGCGCGUGUCUUGUCUGUCAGUGACAUCUUUUCACAACAAAAGGGCACAAGAAUGACCAAGGAAUAGCAAUGCAUAUGCCAUAACUUCCUGUUUGGAGUUGAGACAAUGAACGUGCUCUCGCCUCCAAGGAGGAGGCUAAGGCGCAGCCGCGUCCUCUUCUUCAUCUCAGGUGUGCUGCUGUGUUUUGUUUACACCUUGACUUUGAAGGCCAGGCUGUCGCAGCCACGAGCCUCUGCUCGGAUGGAUGAUGGAGCAGAGGUGGGUAGUGAUGAUAUUGUGGAGGUCAGCAUUAGAGAGGUGAUGGCAUCCAAUGAGACUGAGGAGGAGGAGGAGGUUGUCUCAUCUGAGGGCACCAAACCUCCCCUGGUGAUAAUCGUCAACAGGACAGAUAUCGAACAGUGUAUCUAUGUAGAUCCUCAGCCUCCCAAACCACCUCCAACUCCAACUCCACUUCCACUGACCACCACAGCUCCACCCCACCCCCCGCUCCAGCCACCUCACAGGAAGGGUGAUUACCCAGAGGACUUGUUCUCAAUAGAGCAGCGUCGACAGGGCUGGGUGGGCCUGCACAUUGUAGGCAUGGUCUACAUGUUUGUUGCUCUGGCCAUCGUCUGCGAUGAGUUUUUCGUUCCCGCGCUUGAGGUCAUCACCGACAAGCUGGAGAUCUCUGAUGAUGUGGCCGGGGCAACCUUCAUGGCGGCGGGAGGCUCUGCCCCCGAGCUCUUCACCUCCCUCAUCGGGGUCUUCAUUUCCCACAGCAACGUGGGCAUCGGCACCAUUGUUGGCUCAGCUGUCUUCAACAUUCUCUUCGUGAUCGGCAUGUGUGCCAUCUUCUCUCGGGAGAUGCUGCACCUCACCUGGUGGCCUCUGUUCAGGGACGUGAAUUUCUACAUUCUGGACCUCAUCAUGCUCAUCAUCUUCUUCUUGGAUAACAUGAUCCUGUGGUGGGAGAGCGUCCUGCUGGUGCUGGGCUACAUCAGUUACGUGAGCUUUAUGAAAUUCAACAGUCAGAUUGAGCAGGCGGUCAAGGGUCAGCUUAACAAGCACAUGAGCAUUGUUAAGGUGUGGACUGCAGAGGAGCCGGAGAAGGAAAGUGAAGCUCCACCACCUCCUCCACCUGCUGCUGCUCCUCCAGCUGCUCCAGCUCCUCCAGCUCCUCCAGCUGCCCCACCAAAAGCUGAAGAUAAAUCCAAACCAGAACCCGCGCAACCUCCAAGCAGCCCUCAAAGCAGCAAACUGAUACCAGAACCACAAGAUGACAAGACAAGACUCAAGGUGCGCCCUGCCCUGCAGCGAGGAGGCAGCUCGGCUUCCCUCCACAACACCUCGCUUCGGAGCACCAUCUUCCAGCUGAUGAUCCACACACUGGACCCUCUGGGAGAAGAAGCAGUUCUUAGAGGGGCUGUUAAAACCCCGGGCCCCAGAAAAGUCAGAAGAGAAACAUCUUUUAAUGGUGAUGUUAGAGGGGAGGGGCCAGCACAGAGGAAAGCGAAGAACAAAGUGAAGCCUAUGAGUGUCCCAGUGACGGGCAAACUGCAGAGCAAGUCCCAUUGCCGCCGCAGCGAAGAUCUCGAUCAAAAGCCAAAGUCUGAGCAGCCUGCUGCUGUUGCCGGUGCACCGGGGGGAGCUGCUGCUGAGCCGUCCACCUCACAGCCUCCAAAGACAGAAGAGACAACUCAGAAAACGUCCGACCAGCAGGAAGAAUCGAAGGCAGCAGCAGCAUCAUCAGCGGGCGGAUCAGGGGGCUCUGAGGGCAGCGCUGAGGACCAGAGCAGUGAUGAAGAAAGCAGCGACUCGAGCGAGAGCGAAGAUGAUGGCGACAACGAAGACAAGGAGGAGGAAGAAAAGGAGGAAGAGGAGGAGAACCAUCCAUUGUCUUUAGAGUGGCCUGAAACCAGACGCAAGCAGGCGACUUAUCUGUUCCUGCUGCCCAUCGUGUUCCCGCUGUGGCUCACGCUGCCUGAUGUCCGCAACCUGGCAUCCAGGAGAUACUUUGCCAUCACCUUCAUAGGCUCCAUCAUCUGGAUUGGUGCUUUCUCCUACCUGAUGGUGUGGUGGGCUCAUCAGGUGGGUGAGACUGUGGGCAUCUCAGAGGAGAUCAUGGGACUGACCAUCCUGGCAGCUGGGACGUCAAUCCCUGACCUGAUCACCAGUGUGAUUGUAGCUCGGAAAGGUUUGGGGGACAUGGCAGUGUCCAGCUCAGUGGGCAGUAACAUCUUUGACAUCACUAUAGGUUUGCCAAUCCCGUGGUUGAUGUACACCCUGUUCCACAACGGCGAGCCAGUAACGGUCAGCUCUAAUGGCCUGUUCUGCGCCAUCGUGCUGCUCUUCCUGAUGCUCCUCUUCGUCAUUAUCUCCAUUGCGGUCUGUCGGUGGAAGAUGAGCCGAAUGUUGGGCCUCACCAUGUUCGUACUGUACUUUGUGUUUCUCGUCCUCAGUGUCCUGCUGGAGGAUCGUGUCCUCAUCUGCCCUGUUUCAAUCUGAGCUUACAGGCUGAACAGCACCAUCACACAUGACUUGAUACAUCCACACAUGAUCGUUACCGUUAUGUAGGAUCUGUUAGAGAUAAGAAUCGAGCCUAAUGUUAAAAGGCUGACCAGGCAACCAGUAGAUGCUGGGUUAUUAAAGGGAAAUUCUACCCUCAACAUGGUUUCACAUGAUCAGCAUUUUCCAGCAUCUCCAGUCACCUUUAUUAAUUGAGUGUCUGAGCUGUGUGAAACAUGUUCACCAUAUAGUGCAAAGAAAUGUGAACUUUGUCUUUGUCUUUCAUAUUUAAUGCACCCAUUAAAUUUGAAAAUAGAAGGACACUCGCAAACCUCCCCUACUCCAAAUUUUCCUGUGUUGAUACUACGCUGCAAUAGAUACCACCCAGUAUUGUCAUACCCCAUCAUAAAUUACUAGAUCACAAAGACUUGAAAUUUAUUUUAUUGGCUUUUAAAAACCAUAAAAUAUGAUUUCAUAAUUUUAUUUUAAAAAAUUAGAUCUACAUGAACAAAAUCUGAAUAUACUUUAUUCAGUUUAUGUACCCUAAUAGCAUCCUCUAAAAAAAACUUAAUGAAAAAAAGAAAAACAAACAUUUGCAGAGAUAUGAAUUGUAUAUGUGUGUGUGAUUUUUGUGGUUGGUAGUUCAUGUUGCAUUAUUGUGAGUAUUUUAAUUAUAGAAAAGUCAACAGUAUUUGUUUAUACCUGCGAACCAAAUUUCAUCAUUGUAAAAAAUUCACUGAGAUAUGAAUUUAAAAUGUAACCAAUGAUGAGAUGGAGGUAUUUUUAAAAUUUUUGGUGGCCUUGACCUUUGACCUUGAUGAAAUCAGAUGUUAUUGGGCCCUAAGGAAUAUUUCCACAAAGUUUCAUAAAUUUUGGUUCAAAAUGUUUUGAGUCAUAUCGCUAACAGACAGAUAAAUGAACAGGGGUCAAAACACAACCCCCUCCUCCUAUGGGUGGGUGAGGUAAUAAAGGCUAGGGUGCUACUGUAUUUGUUACAGGAUGUCUCGUGUGCAUACGGGAACCCCGAAGCGGUUGGAAAAUUUGAAGCUUCAUCAGAUUCCCAAGUUUGCCAGAUGUGUUUGGUAUACGGCAUGUGGAGAAUUGUCUGAACUAACUCGCAGGAUUUGUUCCAUUUGUGCAACUUAGUACUUAGACCUGAUUAGAAAGCAAACUGAUUCUCUCACAUUAUUUACGUUCAUCUGUUAUCUUAAAAGUUCCUUACUGGCCCUGCUGUGUGACAUGGAUCUAAUAAACGUAGGGAGAACAUCAAAUUUGAUGCAUGUAGAUUUUCUCCUCUAUAUGUUUCCAUGCUACGCCCUCAUUUAUGUGGUCACAGUCAGUACCAGUGUCAACUCGAUCAUCACAUCAUUUCAUGCUCCAUUCCUACUGGCCGAUUAUCAGCAGCAGUGAGAUGGUCUCCCUAAAUUUCUGAUGCUGCCAGAAUUUUGGUCGCAAAAGUGUUACCAACAGCCAAUGUUGAUCCUCUCACAGUGGGAUGCAGGAGUCAUUUGGGAUUCAUGACCAAAUCAAGAGUAACUUUACCCCAAGAAUCCUCUCUGUCAGAAGCCUUUUCCUCUUCAGAUUUAAAAGGUGCGGUGGUUAAAUGCCUUGUCUGACUAUUAAACUUUGCUGAGAAAUCAUUUCUAGAAAUAACCUUCUUUCUGUUUGAUAUGUUUUAACGACACGUGUUCUGCUGUAAGACUCAGCUGUAGCUGCUGGAAGUAUCUUGAUAUGACAUCACACAAUCGGUGACUGUUUAAUAUUUUCAACAAACAUGCAGCAACCCUAGUACAUCACCACUCUGUUAACAGGUAUUUUUUUGGUGGAAUUUUCCUUUAAUAAGCAUAAUGCUUAUGGAUAGUCUCUGAGCUGACAGUAUUAGGUCAAUUAAAAAACAUUGCCAUUCCAGUAGUAAUGGUACAGAUUGACUGAGCAGCAAAUCAGAGUCACUUGAUGCAACUUCAAUUUUGUAUGUUCUGUAUUCCUGGAACUGUUGUCCGAACACCCGGUUCUGUAUUUAACCCGACAAGUAUUUGUUCAUGUUUAGUGUUUAAGAGUUUUUGUGUCACAUAAUUAUGGUGGAGAGAGUCAAGUGUGUGUGUGUGUGUGUGUGUGUGUGUGUGUGUGAGGAAGAUGUGCAUCAGUCUUAGCUGUGAGGAAAUACCUGACCCGUGUGACACUGUCAGAUGUUCCUGUUGUGCUCUUGUUGGAUUGAAGUGGAUGCAAACAUGGAUUAUUGAUAAUGGAAACUAUCAAUAUUUCAAAUAAAAAUUCCAUGCUGCAAUAAAUUAUUUUUUUAACAGUGAA